ACUACUUUCAAGUUUCUCUUCUCUCUCGAGCCUCGCGUUUCUGGAGAGAGAAUCGAAUCGAAUCUCUUGAGGAGAGAGUGAGAGAUAUCUCCAUUCUCCGACCAGCGCAUGCGAUCCUUCACCUGAAGUUGCAGGAGACGGUUUCGUACUGCCGAAACUCAGACGUUUGCUCCGGUAGGGGAAGGUGGAAUGACGGUGUUCUCAGGCAAGCAGGUGGUCCCGGUUGACUACGAGACCGAGGUCUCGCAGCGACUCCUAGAAGCUUCUCUUAAUGGCGAUCUGAAUUCGGCAUUCGAGUGUAUCGCCGAUCCGUUUGUUGAUGUGAACUACGUAGGUGCGGUUUGCUUGAAGACGAGGAAGAGUGAGUUGGUGCUGUGCGAGGAAUCCGCUAGCGAAGUACGCGUGGAACAUGAGGAAUUCAAAACGGACGUUACGGCGCUCUUUCUCGCUGUUCAUGGUGGAAAUGUGGCUCUCGUUAAGAGAUUACUGUGUGUAGGAGCUGAUGUGAACCAGAAACUCUUCAGGGGUUUUGCAACGACAGUAGCUGUGAGGGAAGGUCAUCUUGAGAUACUGGAGAUCCUAUUAAAAGCUGGCGCUUCUCAGUUGGCUUGUGAGGAAGCUCUUCUGGAGGCAAGCUGUUAUGGGCAAGCAAGGCUUGCUGAGCUGCUAAUUGGAUCUGAUUUAGUUCGGCCUCGUGUCGCUGUCCAUGCUCUUGUUUCAGGAUGCUGCAGGGGAUUUGUGGAUCUGGUGGACACCUUAAUUAAGUGUGGAGUUGAUGCAAAUUCAACUAGUCGGCUGUUGCUUCGUUCUUCCAAGCCUUCUUUGCAUACAAAUGUUGACUGUACAGCACUUGUUGCAGCUGUCGUUAGCAGGCAGGUGUCCAUUGUUCGUUUGCUGCUACAGGCGGGUGUCAACACAGAUGUCAAAGUGAGAUUAGGAGCAUGGUCAUGGGAUAUGAGUACGGGAGAAGAGUUUCGUGUAGGAGCAGGACUGGCAGAGCCCUACUCCAUCAUGUGGUGUGCAGUGGAGUAUUUUGAAGCCAGUGGUGCUAUUCUGCGGAUGCUCCUGCAGCACUUGCCCCCAGAUUCCUGUCACUAUGGAAGAACCCUCCUUCACCAUGCCAUCCUCUGUGGCAAUGCAGGAGCUGUGAAGGUGCUCGUGGACUCUGGUGCCGACGUAGAAUGUCCUAUUAAAACAACAGGGAAAACCGAGUUUCGUCCAAUACACAUGGCUGCUCGUCGUGGCUUGUCAACAAUCCUUCAAUUGCUAAUUGAUUCUGGCUGUGAUCUAAACUCCAAGACAGAUUCUGGUGACACAGCCCUGAUGAUAUGUUCUAAAUAUAAGCAUGAAGAGUGUCUCGGGGUGUUGACAUCGGCUGGUGCAGAUUUUGGUAUAAUUAAUGUUGUUGGUCAGUCUGCAAGCUCGAUUGCUGGUGCGAACCAGUGGUCCCUUGGAUUUCAACAAGCGGUCCUAGACGUAAGUAGGUGUGGGAAGAUUCCCAAAUCCAGCAAUGCUUCUGUUUUUUCUCCCUUGUUGUUCGUGGCCCAAACUGGUGAUCAUGAGGCCUUGGAAGUCAUAAUCGGGCGGGGAGAAGUUGAUCUUGAUUAUCAGGAUGAGAAUGGUUUCUCAGCUGUCAUGUUUGCUGCUCUGAAGGGCCAUGUUGAACCAUUUCGCUUACUUGUUUAUGCAGGAGCUGAUGUAAAGCUUUUAAACAAAUCCGGUGAAACUGCCAUCAUGUUGUCAAAAUUGAACCAGAAUCGGGAUCUUUUUGAGAAAGUGAUGCUUGAAUUUGCACUUGAAAAGGGAAACCGGAAUGCUGGAGGGUUCUAUGCUUUACAUUGUGCAGCUCGUCGCGGAGACCUUAAUGCCGUAAAGCUAUUGACAAGGAGGGGUUAUGAUGUAAAUAUAUCUGAUGGGGAUGGCUAUACUCCUCUCAUGUUAGCAGCCAUGGAGGACCAUGGUUCCAUGUGCCAGCUCUUGAUCUCGUAUGGUGCCAGCUGUGACAUAAAGAACUCGAGAGGAGAAACAGCACUAUCACUUGCCAAAAAGAAUGGCAGCGUGAAAAAUGAGGCAGAAGGGGUCAUUCUUGACGAGCUUGCUCGCAAGUUUGUUCUUGGUGGUGCUCAUGUAAAGAAACACACAAAAGGAGGAAAAGGUAAACCACAUGGAAAAGAGAUGAGAAUGAUAGGAGGUGCAGGUGUGCUGCAGUGGGGGAAAUCAAGCAGGAGAAAUGUGGUAUGCCGGGAGGCAAAGGUUGGACCAAGCCCGAGCUUUAGGAAAAACAGGCAGUGCAAGGGUGACGCAGACGAAGCUGGGGUAUUCCAUGUAGUGACUACCAAGAACAGGGAGUUUCAUUUUGUAUGCGAAGGUGGACUUGCUGCAGCAGAGCUGUGGGUGCGAGGAAUAAAGCUGGUGACAAUAGAGGCAAUUUGUGGGAAUCAGAGGAUGGGAGAAAAUAGAAAAUUUUAUUAACUAGGGAAGUUUGUAUAGACAUGUUUUAGGAGGAAAAAAAUGCUUCAUCUCGAAGUUGUUUUAACUGUCGGUUUUCAUUGUAAAGGUUUUGAUCUCUCUGUGUAAAUGUUGUUUUGAUAGCUCUUUUUUGGGCUUAACCAUAGAGUUGGCAGUUCAUGAAAAUCAUUUGCAUC